UCAUGCUGCUGCCAGGUCCAGAGUCUCUCAUGGGUCCCUGUACGGCCUCCCAUUGCUGCUGUCUCCAUCGCCACACUCUGCCAUGUGCCACUUUCAGGUCUCCUCACACUGCUGGUGUAUUCCAUUUUUUGUCAUAGGGUGCUGGCAGAUUACGGGCCUCCCAUAGCUGCUGCCAGGCCCCUAAUCUGCCAUGGGCCCCUAUACCGCCUCCUCAUGCUGCUGCCAGGUCCAGAGUCUCUCAUGGGUCCCUGUACGGCCUCCCAUUGCUGCUGUCUCCAUCGCCACACUCUGCCAUGUGCCACUUUCAGGUCUCCUCACACUGCUGGUGGGUUCCAUUUUUUG